AUGAUGGCGUAUCCUAUGAGAACAACCUGCGAUAAGGAAACUUUUCUGCGGAGCAAACUGGCCCAGGAAUACUUCAGGCUGGUGGAGCAGAAGUAUUUGAAAGGGAUCCCUAAGCCAGGACCUAUUUAUGAAUUCAAUAAAUUUGGUUGGCCGGAGCGCCUUAAUGGUUGGCGACACCCACUCCUAGGGCGGAAUGAGGAACUGCGCAAGUACAAGAUGACAAUACAGAACGCGGUCAACCAACAAAAUCAGAAGUUCACACGUUAUGGGGACCAUAAAUAUGCUAUUGCUUUCAUAGGCCCUAGUAUGGUGGGUAAAACGCGUCUAUUAGAAGAAUGUCUUCAUAUUACUCCACACUAUAUUCAUAAGGAGAAAAUAGUUUUGACAGAGGAAAAUAAGGUAAAUUUUGGUGGACAGCAAAAAAUUAUGUCAAAGGGCUUCCACAACUGGAAUUUACGAUCGGAUCGUGAAAAUUUUGAAAAUAUGAUUAGAUACAGCAUGGAUACGGCAUCUUUAAAACCCGUGCAAAUACAUGCUAUCAAUGUUAUUUUCGACUGUCGGUUUCCUCUUCCUGAACAGUUUUCUUAUGAUGGAGAUUUUCUCAAGAACUAUAGCGUCAGGCAAUUGUUGAUCGAUUUCUUCAAAUAUAAUUUCACCAAUCUAUGGGUAGCGGCAAUACUGGAGGCACAGUAUACAGAUGACGAGUCAUGGUGCAUGCUAUUAUUGAUUCUGGAAUCAAAGAUGAUAUUUAUUCUUAUGUCUAUAACAAAUGAAAAACAAUUAUCUGAAGUUGCACGUAAUUGCUUGAAAAGUAAUAUGAUAGUCAAUAUGAGACUUAAUGGAAUUGAUCGGUGGUACCACGCUGCGCUGGCCUGCCAACUGUUAGAUGUACAAGCCAUACCUGCUGAUUUGGUAAAGAUAAUUGAAAGCGCCAGCGGUGGUAUGCCUGGAUGGAUACAGAACUUCGUAAUUUCGCUAAUUCAACGUGGAGUAUUGACAGUGGUCACGGUACCCCGAGCCGAAGCCGUCGAGUCAGGCGCUAUAAUUCCAAGUCCUACCUUACUGCAAAGGUCCGAAGCUGAUAUAAAUAUACAGCCUGAUCUGUUUCCAAAUCGGUCAAGUUAUCAAAGUAUGUACAGCAUCCUUAGCAUGAGUGUGGUAAGUCGACUAGAUGACAGCCAGCACACGGUCCAUGAUGGUGAUACAUUACAACUAGCAGUUUUGGCAGAAUCGAACUGCUUCGAUGAUUUGAAGACGGACAUAUCUAUGGACGCCGUUAUACUGAAGACUUAUGAUUCAUUGACACCCUUUGAGAAGAUGUUACUUAAAUGUGGUUCGGUACUUGGAGAAGUUUUCUCUCGACGUAUGCUCUUACAUUUACUUCAAAGCGAUUCUAAUAGAAAAGUUGCCCAAGCUGUAUCGAAAUUGUUUUCGAUCCGUGUUCUGGAGUGCGAAGGCGGUGAUUUCACCCGGGACACCUCUCCCGUGCUGGUACACCCUGCCCCCACUAUGCCGGAUGCCAAGCAUCCUUACUGCGCUUGCCUAGGAAUAAGAUCACCUCCGGAUUGUCAAGAUCUCCCUAUGUACGCUUUCUGCGGUUAUAUGAAGUUUAGACACACUUUGUUUAGAACAACAACAUACGAGUUACUAACGGAGAACCAAAAGCAUGAAAUGCAUGCGCGCGCACUCUUGUACCUUGAGCGAUACACAAGAAGGUGCAAGGGAUGCGGCGCUGGAUGCUUCAUCAAGCUACUUGGUCUACGAUCCGAUGAUGGUUUAGUGGUUGAAAGUGAGGAAUUGAAACGCACUCGUGCACAAAUUUGCGCUCUCAGUGCAGAGGCGAAGCUAUCAGUGGAACAGUCGACUCUACCUUUGUUUAUGACUGAUCCUACUUCUUUACAUGAGAUACAAAUAUCAAACGAACAGAAACAGAUAUCCAGUUAUGAUCUUCUAGAACCUGCUGAUAGAAGAAAUUUAAAUCAGUACCUGCUAAUGCACAAUAAUAAACUUGUUCGUUCGUUCUCUUCGUUGGAAAUUGGAAACUGUGAAUGUAUGGCGAUCCUGCUGGCGGUCUACUGUCAGAUGAUAGAUCAUUGUCGUGGUGCUGAUGAAUAUGAGAAAUUAUACGAGGCUUAUAUGGAAUAUGCUGAUUUAUGUGUUAUUAACUUAAACAUACCACAAGCCAUUAGACUUUUAUUUGAAGUAGAAGAAUUUAUUAAGAGUAAUCAGUUGAACGAUAAAUUAGAGUGGGUAAAGGAUUAUCGUCUGGCGAAUAUAUAUUCAUUGAGAGGUGUUUGUUUACUUGAAACGGGUGAUAUGAACGAAGCACGGAAACAGCUAUUGUAUGCAAUGCAACUUUAUUGUGAUCCAUUCCCGACUUCAAAACACGCAGUAAGAUUUUGUGAUUUACGGGUUUCAGUCAAUCAAGUCAUAGCACUAUACAUUCUUCCGAAUUUGUUUGUUGCAAGGAAUUCUGGUUUCGUGGGACAUUUUUACGAAAAUAUAGCCCAAACGCUUAAUAGGCUUUAUAGAUUAUUUACUGAAAGUGGUGAAAAGGCGAAUGCAAAUUUGGCAGCCAAAUGGUCAUUGAAUUAUGCACUGCGAACGAAUUCCAACUUUCGCCUAUUGUGUUUUAGUUAUGGGAAUAUAAUAGCUACGUAUCGGCAGAAACAAAAGUUCAGAAUAUGUUUGAAACUAAAGAAAAGGGCUAUGGAACUAUGUUAUCGCAAGCGUGGAUUAGACGCAAUUGAAAUUCAUGCUGUAUGCCACCUGUACACAAAUAUAUUUUUAUUUUACGUGGAAUAUGGAAAGAAGCUAGAAAGUCUUCAGUUUGGGUUUUCAGUAAUGCAAAUUAUGACCAACGAAACUGAUCUGAACACCCGUCAAGUGUUGAUACUGUGGAUGCUCAAGUUUCUACUCUCAGAGCUCCGUAUUCACGACAUGGUCUCAAUAAUGCGGGAUUUCUUUUAUAUGACUGGCUAUUAUGAUUUAAGCUCAGAAACUUGGUACUAUUUCUACGCGCUCGUUAUCCUGUUAGACACUGGUUAUUGCGUGGAGUCAUACAGCACUUGUGAACAAUUUUAUAUCAAGAAGGGUGAUGCCAUACUAAGAUCCAAAACUCCAGAGGCGGCGUGGAACUUCCUAGUUGCCAUGUGGCUAAUAACAAUUCGUGCCGGAGCUUGGGAAAGAUCGAUAUUGUGGGAGGACAAAAUAAGAGCUUCAAAUAUGGAUAAACACGAUAUUAGUAUUAUGAUCCUUGUCAGAUUGGUUGAAGGUCUAAUAAUUACUUUAGUGAACGAGAUGAAUAACAGAAACAUAAAAAAAAUAUUGUUGUUGGAGAAGGCUAUUAAAUCAAUGUUUCAUGACAUGAACAAAGCAUGUGAUCAUGCUCCUAUAUAUCGACCAAGAGUCAAACUAUUUUAUUCUUUUGUUGCUAGAUAUUUUCUUUUGUUCGCAUACUAUCAUGUCAUUCGGGGCAAGAAACAACGAGGUUACAGCUAUUUGAAUAAAGCCAUCGACCUAUCCAAGCAGGCCGCACAUGGAACUCUGCUAUAUUGGGCAGAACAUACACGUAAUCACUGGAUUGGUACAUUAAACCCAAAGUUUGAACAUUAUUGGACAGAGCAUAUUGAACCAGAUAAUCUACUUGAAUAUAAGGACUUCGAUAUGGAGACUGGAAAGAUCAUACCCUAUACACUUCCUUUGCCGAGUGAUCUCGAAAAGUAA